CGUCGCUGUGUGCGCGUGGCCGAGUGCGCCGCAGAGAUCAGGGAGGAGAAGCGGGCUGCGCGAGCCUGGGGAUCGGAAGUGACUCGCCCUGCGCGUUUACUUGUUUUAUGUGUAUUUUGUAUCUGCCUGCAGCGCGAGAGACCCUUCAGAUAGCAAGAUGAAAGGAAGAUCACUGUGUUGAAAGUCGUCUGUGCAGUUCUGCUCUGCUGACUUGCUUAAAGGAACGGUGUGAACUGAGCCUGUGACUGGAGAGCUGCAGGUGCUGGAGUGACGUCAGCCCCUGAGCGCGUGCCCCUCCUCCCCACUGUCCGUCCUCUGAGGUGUUGCUAAGUGUGCUGAGGACCGUCCACAGGCGUCCUGCCUGGGGCACACAGAUCGCCCCCCCCCACACAACCACCACCAUGGUGCUGUCACAGAGACAACGUGAUGAACUAAACCGAGCAAUAGCGGAUUACCUUCGUUCAAAUGGCUAUGAAGAGGCCUACUCUGUUUUUAAGAAAGAGGCAGAGAUAGACAUGAAUGAAGAAUUAGAUAAGAAGUAUGCAGGUCUAUUGGAAAAGAAAUGGACCUCUGUCAUCAGAUUACAAAAGAAGGUAAUGGAGUUGGAGUCAAAGCUGAAUGAGGCGAAGGAGGAAAUCACUUUAGGAGGACCUGUUGGGCAAAAGAGGGACCCCAAAGAAUGGAUCCCACGCCCCCCAGAGAAGUAUGCGCUCAGUGGCCACAGGAGUCCUGUCACACGGGUCAUAUUCCACCCUGUCUUCAGUGUCAUGGUCUCUGCUUCGGAGGACGCCACAAUAAAGGUGUGGGACUACGAGGCAGGAGACUUUGAGCGAACUCUGAAGGGACACACAGACUCUGUGCAGGACAUCUCCUUCGAUCAGACUGGAAAGCUGCUGGCCUCCUGCUCUGCAGACAUGACUAUUAAACUCUGGGACUUCCAGGGAUUUGAGUGCAUCAGGACCAUGCAUGGACACGACCACAAUGUGUCAUCAGUUGCCAUCAUGCCCAAUGGUGAUCAUAUAGUAUCUGCCUCGAGGGAUAAGACCAUUAAAAUGUGGGAGGUGGCCACUGGUUAUUGUGUGAAGACGUUCACUGGUCAUCGGGAGUGGGUAAGGAUGGUGCGGCCUAACCAGGAUGGCACACUGUUGGCCAGCUGCUCCAAUGACCAGACGGUGCGCGUGUGGGUGGCUGCCACCAAGGAGUGUAAAGCCGAGCUGAGGGAGCACGAGCAUGUGGUGGAGUGCAUUUCCUGGGCGCCGGAGAGCGCACACCCAACCAUACUGGAGGCCACUGGUUCAGAGAACAAGAAGAGUGGAAAGCCUGGUCCCUUCCUCCUGUCAGGAUCUCGAGACAAGACCAUUAAGAUGUGGGAUGUCAGUACUGGCAUGUGCCUUAUGACACUGGUUGGCCAUGAUAACUGGGUGCGUGGAGUGCUCUUCCACCCAGGAGGAAAGUUCAUUGUGAGCUGUGCAGAUGAUAAGACCCUGCGCAUCUGGGACUAUAAAAACAAGCGCUGCAUGAAGACCCUGAGUGCCCACGAACACUUCGUUACCUCUUUGGAUUUCCACAAGACUUCCCCGUAUGUGGUGACGGGAAGCGUAGAUCAAACAGUUAAAGUUUGGGAAUGCCGCUGAUCUCCUUUGGGCAGGCCUCGCUGCCCUUUGCCCCUCCUGUAUACCAUCACUCUUCCCUGCCCCGACACUUGUCCUUCAGGAUGCACUCAUCACCAUGGCUACCACCCCAUCCAGCUCUCUUCUAAUGCCUAUUGUCCUUUUAUGUAAAUUAUUCUGGAUGUAGUUUGAGCUUAUUAAAUGUUACACAAGACACCCUCACAAGGAGUGGAAAAACGUAAGAAAAAAACAAAAAAUGUAUUCUUGCAUGGUGAUUCCAAAACUUGUAUACUGUAAAAAAAGAAAAAAAGAAAUUUGCUUACCAUUGUCUAGAAGUUACCGUUAAGGGUUUAAGAGCACCAGUGGUGGUGCUCUGGCAUCAAGCAUCUCGUUACAGAAGGCAGAAUGAUCCUGUCUGGGGAAUUACAAAUACAGGGCACUUCAAAUAUAGCCAGUCUAACUUUCUGUUCAGUUUUCUCUUUUUCUUUUUGUAUUGUUUUCCAGUUAACCCUAUUAAACAGUCAAACAGCUUUAAGCUUCAUGAAUUACUACACAGCCCACCUCUUAGCUUUCUGUUAACCCAACAAAAGCCUGACUGGAUACAUUGUUUUCCCUCUCACUCACAUCCCCAAAGGACCUAAGUUGAUGCAUUGAUACAUUUUAGCUGCUAAAUGUGGUAUAGUAGUCAUUGAAUCUAGUGAGAUUUUAAUGAAAAUACAGGAAAUCUCAAAUUUAGCGUUGGGUUUAUCUAGCGCUUGCUUACCUGGGAGGUUAUUUAAUGCACAUGUACUUGCCUUGCCAGUUUACCUUGAAUAUGACUACAGUUUUCUUUUUCAAGUCACUUGCCAGAGAAGUAAAGCCUUGCCCCCCAAAAAAACAGGCAAGAUGAAAAGAUAAGGAGACCUGAAAGUGUCAACAGUAUGACUGGAAAGGGAUUGUUUAAGUGCACUUGUUGAAGGAGGUACAUGGUUUGAGUGAAUGGAGCAGGGUUUAGGCUUCUUCCUUCUGUGAUUUUGUUCCAUUUUGUGUGUGAAAAUUGUCACCUCUUUUCCUCACCUGUUGGAUUUAUUGUGAUUGUCUGGACCUGGUUGAAGUCUUCAUAGAUAAGACUAUCACUCCUUCCCUCCCUCCUUUCCUCCUCAAAUGAUUUUUCUUGAUGGGCUAGUGUGCAUACAUCUCCCUUUCUUAGGGACUGUGUGUUGUACCAUGUAUAAAACAGCCAUCCUCAGCUUUAGCCAUGUCUUUACGCCCACCACCACAGAUGGCCUUGACAAAUCACUGGCAAACUAACUCUAAACCCUAAGCCCUAGUUAAGCUUACUUCAUUUUUCUAGUCAGGAAACGCUUCCUCUUUAACAGUUUAACUCAAUAAUAAACCCCCCUCCCCACACCGUACAAAUUGUUGACUGCACGAUCAUAUCUGUGGUCUCUGUUAGCGUGUGGUUCCUCUAAAGGUGUUGCCAUUUAAAGAAAGCUUUUCUCUUGUUCUUGUUAUCAAAUUCGGUUCCCUUAAAUCAGGGAAGUUGAUGACACUUUGCAGAAAGCUGCAGAAACUGUACAUUUGUUAAUCAUUUGUUGACUGACCUGCAAAGUCUGGCUGAGUAUGGAAAUGUGUGGAAAGAUGCCUCCAAGGUAGACCAACGAGUGCAAUAACUCUAUAGGAUGUUCUGUGUUAACUGUUGACAGAGCGGUAUGUAUGUGUCUUGUGUGCACAUACUAUGAACACAUGUAAGGACAAAAGCCUUUAUGGUGUGAUGGAACUGAAGGAGGUUAUAACAAAAAAAAACAAAAGAAGGAGAAAAAAGUGUGCUGUUUAACAUCAAUGUGGAUUAAAACCACCUCUCUGAGUUAACGCUAGGACGGAGAGGCAGCUUUUAGCAAACUUUUAAGGGGUUCUGUGAGUGGUGCACGCAGCUGUAACUGUUUCUAACAACAGCAGUUGUGUAGCCUAGCCUCUACUAUUCCAAAGCUGUGUAUGUAGUCUCAAUGGAUGUGUGGAAGGAUAUUAGAGCUUCUCUGUAUGUGCAGUAGCUUUGUGCAUCCAGUAAAGCUCAAAAGUCCCAUCGUUUGCUUUCUAUGCCUUGUUAAUAUACUGAAGUCCCCUUGACGUAAAAAAACAAAACUACAAAAAAAAAAACUUCAUUCUGCUUUUUGUGAUCUCACUGUUCUCACACACGCACAGAUACACACACACACACACACUCACAUACACUCACAAAAUAUAAAUUGUGUACCAAUAUAUCUGGAUGUCAUUGUUUGCAACAUAAUUAAGAGUAAUAAAAAUGUAAAUAUAAAGCAA